ACCAUCGCGCUACUCCAGUUACCUCUUCCUUGUACCGUAGUGAUCGUCACCGAGAGAUAGGAAUGGCGUUUUCCAUGGCCAAGAUCUGGGCGCCCCUCGCCGUGCUCACGGCCCUGGCCUUCUUCCUCGUUCAUCCCUGCGCAUCCGCCGAGUUCCACCGCAAGCUCUCCAGCUGGUCCGACGGCGGCGCUACGUGGUACGGUGGCCCGACCGGCGCCGGGAGCGACGGUGGCGCGUGCGGGUACCAGGACGCCGUGGACCUGCCGCCGUUCUCGUCCAUGAUCGCGGCGGGCGGCCCGUCCAUCUACGAGGGAGGAAAAGGCUGCGGCGCUUGCUACCAGGUGAAAUGCACGGGUCACCAGUCCUGCUCAUCCAGCCCGGUGACCGUCGUCCUCACGGACGAGUGCCCCGGCGGGCCGUGCCUCGAGGAGUCUGUCCACUUCGACCUGAGCGGGACGGCGUUCGGCGGCAUGGCGAAGCCCGGCCAGGCCGACCAGCUCCGGGCCGCCGGCCGCCUCCAAAUCCAGUACGCCCGGGUGCCGUGCAAGUGGCAAGGGGUGGACAUAGCCUUCAAGGUGGACGGCGGCUCCAACGACUACUACCUCGCCAUGCUCAUCGAGUACGAGGCCGGCGACGGCGACCUCUCGUCCGUCGAGCUCAUGCAGGGCGGCGGCGGGUGGUCGAAGAUGGAUCAGUCGUGGGGCGCCGUGUGGAGGUACAACUCCGGGCCCAAGCUUCAGGCGCCCUUCUCCGUCCGCCUCACCUCCAGCUCCGGCAAGACCCUCGUGGCGAGUAACGUCAUCCCGGCAGGCUGGAAGCCCGGCGGCAUGUACCGCUCUGUCGUGAACUACUAGUCUACUAAGAUUGAUCGCCUCGUUAAUAAUCUUGGUGCGUUUGCACGCAAGCGCGCCCACGCGCUCGCCCGUAUGCAGAGGCGUGGCGCUAGCUCUUGGUUUAUGUUUGGAGCUAUAUGCAUGGAGCGUGGAUGUGUGUGUAAUCACCAUUAAUAGUAUCGCCUGUGCCGCAAGUAUUAAUUUAUGUGAGCCA